GCAUAAUUAAACCACUGCUGCACCAUAACGAUAUCGAGUUGCCAUGGAAUAUGACCAGAUGACGAGCUCACAUCAUAGUUCGCCUUCGCCACUGUAUCGAUGGUUACAUGGAAAAAGGAUUGAAGCGACAAACUAUUGCAUGAUAGAGAAAAGUAUGUUUUCCAAUGCACACAUGCAAAAACAACUAUGGCCAAGACAAAUUUGCAUUUUAAGCUUACGCCCAAAUCAACAACAAUACGACGAGUUUGAAUUCAACAAAACACAUUUAGAAAAGUCUUCCAUUCCCUACACUGAAGAUUAUUCGGGUAGUGGUGAAUUCGGUCUACAGAGUCCGACCGAGUCGCUGCCUUCACCCGUUCGUCCACCACUCAGACACAUCGAUAAAUACAUCAAACCGGAAAUACCGAAUCUUAGCAAGAGAUAUACAAUAGCUAUACUAACAUGCGUCGGUUUUAUGAUUUCAUUUGGAAUGCGAUGCAAUAUGUCGAUGGCCAAACUGAAAUUUCACAUAGGAUCCGAUGACGAUGAGGUCAGCACAAAUAUCACCACGACCACACCGCAUACGCCUUUGGGCAACACUCCCAUUCACGAACGGCCAAUCAACUGGUCCCUCGGGUCAUUUGUCGCCAUCGAGAUGUCGUUCUUUUGUGGAUAUCUGAUCACCCAAGUGCCUGGCGGUUUUCUGGCAUCCAUGUAUCCAGCCAACAGAGUUUUCGGGAUCGCUAUCGCCAUGUCAUCCUGUCUGAAUCUGUUGGUGCCUUCCGCGACGGAGAUCGAGAAAUCUUUGUACGUGAUUAUCAUCAGAAUGUGCCAAGGAUUGGUCGAGGGCGUCACAUAUCCGGCUUGUCACGGAAUCUGGAGACAUUGGGCGCCACCAUUGGAAAGAUCACGUCUGGCCACCAUAGCCCUGUGCGGUUCGUAUGCGGGUGUGGUGGUCGGCAUGCCUCUAUCCGGUACUCUAAUCGACUGGUUCAGCUGGGAAGCGCCGUUUUACGUAUACGGAGUAUUGGGGCUGAUAUGGUACGUAUUUUGGCUAUGGCUGUGCUUCGAGAAGCCGAGCCUCCAUCCCACCAUAUCGGCCAGAGAGUUGAACUACAUCGAAUCGUCGUUGGGUGCUGCCAAACAGUCGGCUGCUCCAACAAUCCUCAACACGCCCUGGAAAGAAUUUUUUACCUCCAUGCCCGUUUACGCCAUCAUAGUCGCUAAUUUCUGCCGGUCGUGGAACUUCUAUCUCCUCGUGCUGUUCCAAGCAUCUUACCUCCACUCGUUCAACUUCGAAGUGUCUGCAACCGGUUACAUCGGCGCUCUGCCUCAUCUUCUGAUGACAAUAGUGGUGCCUCUUGGAGGUCUGCUGGCCGAUCACAUACGGAAAAACGGUAUCCUGUCCACCACUAGCGUCAGAAAGAUUUUCAACUGUGGUGGUUUUGGCAUGGAAGCCACAUUUUUCCUCGUGUUGGCCAAUGCUCGCACGCCGCUCAUGGCUACAAUCGCUCUGACCUGCGGCGUGGCGUUCAGCGGGUUCGCCAUUUCCGGGUUUAACGUUAACCAUCUGGACAUUGCACCGAGAUACGCAAGUAUACUGAUGGGCAUAUCGAACGGAAUCGGUACGAUAGCCGGACUUCUGUGUCCGGUCGCAAUCAACAUCAUCAUCAGGCACAAGACGAGGCAGAGCUGGAGCGAGGUAUUUAUACUGGCCGCUGUCAUUCACUAUAUUGGGGUGGUGUUCUACGGAAUAUUCGCCUCUGGAGAAUUGCAACCAUGGGCCGAGCCCAAGGUCGAAGAAGAUCAGCAAAUGGACGAGGUGAGCGUUGACAAGAAGAGUAAGCUCUCGUCGUACGGUUCAGUCGAACAGUCGUCGGGCAAAGGGUUCGUGAACGCUGGCCUCAACACCAACAGCACCGUCGGCGAUGCCGAACCAGCGCCGCCGACCGACAACCCGACAAAUCCGUUCCUGGCCAAGCCCACAGUCACCACCACAAAUCCGUUCGCUACGUCUCAGUGAUAAUCUGAUUAUGCUACAUUAAUAAUAAAUCGCUGAUGUAACGGAUAAUUCGAGUUCGGAUCGCACUGUCGUGGCGUCGAUUAUUAAUACACGGAUUAUAUUAUUGUAAUACAAUAAUAAUAAGUAAUGAUCAUUAUUAUUACAACAUUAUAUGGGCCAGUACUUCGCGAGCAAUAAUACCGUUAACUGCGUAGUCUCGAUUGUGUGUGUUUCUAUCUUGUAGUUGUUUCGUAGGUAUUACAAUAAUAAUGUUUAGGUAGAUACUCGUACUAUUAUUAAAAUCGAUUUUCUCUCAAUUACGAUUUCGGUAAUAAUAUAUGUUAUAGUAAUAACUAAUAAUUAUAAUAAUAUAAUAAUAGUAUUAUCGUACACACUCAUUGUGGCAUCUAUAUAUUGAAUAAUAAUUUAUUAUUAUAUAAUAGAACCUAGAACACGAAUUUCGCGUUUAUCGAUACUACAAUGUAGCGUAAAUUGUAAUACAUUUGCAUUUAUCGAUGUUUCCAUAUUAAUUAUUAUCUUAAUAUUUUAAUAUACUGUCAAUUUGUUUUUAUACAAUACCGAACAAUAUAGAUGUCGUCUUGUAACGGAUGUAAGAUAUAUUAUAUUAUUAUUUAUUAUAAUGUUUAUAAAGCUUUAUCGUCUCGAAAGCUCUCUGCCACAACGUUAUAAUAAUGUGUAAUAUUAUAAUAUAUUUUAUAUAUAUAUUUAUUACUUAACCUAUGUAGGUAGCUACUGUCAAUCGUAUCUGAAAUUAUGGUACUUACGUAUUAUCCGGUAGACUGUAACUACUGUUUUUAAAUUCAAAAAUAUUAAUAUCAAGAAUACUCAAAUAAAAUAUAAUAAUUGUGAUUAUGAACCAAAAUACCUAGUACAAUAUUAUUUCACUCGUA